UACGCCUAUAUAAAGCACUGUCAUUGAACACCUUUUCAUCUCCAAGUGUUCUGAUCUCUACUUCUUACACUAAACUCAUCUUGCUUCUAUUUAUCUUUUUAGUACGUACGUAGUUCAGUUUACACUUCCCUUGGGUGUUCAAAUGGCUACUGUUGAGGUUGCAUCGGCAAAGACAUCCCUCCCAGAGGAUACAACUCAUGAGGAAUCACCACUCAAGGCUCAGGAGAUCACUACCACUGUCAAGGAAGAGGUGGUGACUGCACCACCUGCACCUGAGUCCACCCCAGAGGAGCCGAAGGGAGAAGAAGAGACCGUGGCCGUAUCUGAGCCAACCGAGGCAGUAUCUGAGGCAGUUGUGGCUCCAGAACCUGAAGCCCCAGCCGACACUGAGACAAAGGAGGUUGCAGAAGAGACCAAGGUUGUGAUUGAGAAGCCAACAGUUGCGAAGACCGAUGAGGAGACCCCGAAGGAAACACCAGAGCCUGUUGCUGAGGAGACUAAAGAAUCAAGUGAUUCUGGUGAGGCUCCAGCACCAGAACCAAAGCCAGAAACAGAAGCUGAAGUUCCAAAGGAGGAGGUUGUUAAGGAAGAAGAGAAGCCAGUUGAAGGUGAGGAGAAAGUUGGCACAGAAGAAGCACCUGUGGUGAAGGCUGAGUAAUAUAAUUAUGUCCAGGAACUGUGCUUUGGUUGAAAUUUGUGUUAUUUGGUCAUCUCUAGGUUGCAUGUCAAAGGGGAGUUGUUGUUGUUGUAGUUUAGCAGUUUAAUAAUGAUGAUCAUGGAGGAAGCUGGAAGCAGGGUAUGGGACCUAAACUUAUGGCUCACGAGAUCCAACAAAUCCCCACUUUCCAUAUGGCAGACUGGCAGUGAGAAUUUGUGAACCAUAAUAUAUAAUAACUACUACUUCAUUCGUUUUCUAA